GGCCAAAGUUAUUCAAUUCAUUACCCAAAAAAAAAAAAAGGAAAGCCGCUUACUCCAAUAAGAAGCAGCAACUCACAUAUACUUUUGGAUGGUCGGUUUUCUGCACUAAUUUUGAGCUUCAUUUCUCCAAGAAAACACCUUUUUCUUUUUCAUUCUUUGUCUGAUCAUUGCCACUGUUAAAAAAAGAGUCAGUUCCUCUCUGCUUCAUAUAUGGAUCUUGUUUGCUGAUUUGUUCUCUUUCUGCAUAUUCAAGAUUUGAGCUUUGAGUUGAUCUUUGCAGGUGACAGAUAAUAUUUCUUGGUGAAGUUCUUUCUUGAUUGUAAUUUCUUGGGUAUUUCGUAGAAGUUAAAAAGUUGCAGUCUUUACCUGUUUAGGAUUAAGCUUGAGCUAGUUUCUUGGUUUUUGAAUUUAUAUGGGAGACUGUGAAUCUUCAGUCCCCUUAAUGGAAGAAGAAGAAGAAAACCUAAUAGCUGCUGCACAGAAAAUUGUGAAAGCGUUGGGGUCAAAUAGGACUUUAACGGAUGAUGCUAGGAAAAUUUUAGCUGAUCUAGGUUCCCAAUUGUCUUCUAUAACUAGAGUGAGUGAACCCGAAGAUGAGGGAGCUGGUGAAACUGAGGAGCAGCUUAUUGAGCUGGAGGAGGAGCUGAAUUUAGUGCAGAGUAAGGUCAUGAACUGGGAGGUGGGUAAGUCAAUGAUAUGGGAUUGUGGCCAGGAAGAAGCUUAUGAGUAUUUGAGGUAUGUGGAUCAAGGUCGAAAAUUGAUUGAGAGAUUGGAGAGUUUGAACUUGGUUAAAGGUAGUAAAGAAGAUGAGCUUCUGCGUAGGGCUACUGAUCUUCUGCAAACAGCAAUGAAUCGUCUUGAGGAGGAGUUUACGCAUUUGCUUGUUCACAACAGGCAGCCUUUUGAGCCGGAGCAUAUGUCUUUUCGCUCCAGUGAAGAUGAUACGUUGGAUGAUGGCUCGAUUGUGUCGUUUGGGGAUGACUCGAUUGAGGAUGUGGUUCAAAGAGAUAGCAUGAGUAGGAGUUCAGGGGAGUACAUCAUUGAACUGGUGCAUCCAGAUGUUAUUCCUGACCUAAGAUGCAUUGCCAAUUUGAUGUUUGAUUCAAAUUAUGGCCGGGAAUGUUCUCAAGCAUUUAUCAAUGUCAGAAAAGAUGGCUUGGAUGAUUGCCUCUUCAUUCUUGAAGUAGAGAAGUUGAGCAUCGAGGAUGUAUUGAAGAUGGAAUGGAACUCGUUGAACUCCAAAAUCAGGAGGUGGAUACGGGCUAUGAAGAUCUUUGUGCGCAUUUAUCUUGCCAGUGAAAAAUGGCUAAGUGAUCAGAUUUUUAGUGAGCUGGAAGCAGUUGGUUCAGUUUGCUUUGCUGAGGCCUCGAAAGCUUCAAUCUUGCAGCUUCUGAACUUUGGUGAAGCCAUAGCUAUUGGCCCUCAUCAACCGGAGAAAUUGAUUCGGAUUCUUGACAUGUAUGAGGUGCUUGCGGAUCUUAUCCCAGAUAUUGAUGCUAUGUACUCUGAUGAGGCGGGGUUAUGCGUUAGAAGAGAGUGCCAAGACAUUCUUAGAAGCUUGGGUGAUUGUGCAAAGGCAACCUUUCUGGAAUUUGAAAAUGCUGUUGCUUCCAGCAUAUCAGCCAACCCUUUUCCUGGUGGCGGAAUACACCAUCUCACGAGGUAUGUCAUGAACUACAUGAAAACUCUUAUUGAUUAUAGCAAGACACUUGAUGAGCUUCUGAAGGGCCAUGAGAAGGAAGAAUCAGUGCCCAUUUUACCAGACAUGACACCUGAUAGAGAAGAAGAAAACACAGACAGACGCAGUCACAUUUCUCCGCUGGCUCAACAUUUUCGAUCCUUCACUUCAAUCUUGGAGUGCAACCUUGAGGAUAAGGCCAGGUUAUACAAGGAUGAGUCACUAGGUCACCUUUUCUUAAUGAAUAAUAUUCAUUACAUGGCUGAGAAGGUGAAGAAUUCCAAUCUAAGAACACUACUAGGUGAUGGUUGGAUCCGAAAACAUAAUUGGAAAUUCCAACAUCAUGCAAUGAGCUAUGAGAGAGCUACUUGGAGCUCUAUCCUCUCUUUCCUCAGAGAUGAAGGGCUAUAUAAUCCAGGCUCGAAUUCUAUCUCGAGAACUCUUCUCAAGGAUAGACUAAACAACUUUUAUCUCUCAUUUGAGGAUGUCUACAAGAGCCAGACAGGAUGGUCUAUCCCAGAUAGUCAACUUCGUGAAGAUCUUCGAAUCUCAACAUCACUCAAGGUUAUCCAGGGAUACAGGACAUUUGUUGGAAGACACACCAACCAUAUAAGCGACAAGCACAUAAAGUAUACUGCGGACGAUUUGGAGAACUUCCUUUUGGAUCUGUUUGAGGGAUCUCCAAGAUCUUUACAUGGUUCCCACAGGAAGUGAGCUAAUCAGGGAUUUCUUCCACACAGGCUUAAUCCUCAAUCAUCAUACUAGUUUACAUUUAGAUAUAUCUAUUUUUGUAAUCUAAAUGAAUUCAUAACUUGUUGAAUGUAGAAAUUUGGUGUUAUGUGCAAAAAGGUCAAAUGCCAUGUACUUAUUAUUUGCUA